GUUCUCCCGUUAAUUCUGCUUCUAUUAACUCAAACUUAAUAACGCCAAUUAGUACUUCUGCUAAUGGAUUAUCAAAUAAUAAUAAUCCUUUAAAUGGUGUUUCAAUAUACAUGAAUCAUCAAUAUGUAUCUGAACAACCUACCACUUCUACUAAUUCUUCGAUAUCUCCCGUACAUGGUUCUUCUUCAAAAAUAAUAUCUACAUCUCCUUCAUCCAAUAUGGAUUCUUCAAAUAUAACUACUACUCGUGCUCCUCCGUCUUCAUCUACUACUACCGAAAGUAAACCGAAGAAAGCCCAUUCUAGCGGAGAACAGCAAUGUUUUAACUGUGGUGUAACCUCAACGCCUCUUUGGAGACGCUCUGCUAAUGAUGAACUUUUAUGUAAUGCAUGUGGUUUAUACCUUAAACUUCACAAAAUGGAUAGACCAAAAACUAUGAAACCCCAUAUAGUCCGCAAAGAUGCCCGCGACGAUGAAGCUGCUCAACCCGUAUGUUCAAAUUGUAAUACGAUGACUACACCUUUGUGGAGAAGAGAUGAAGAAGGCCAAACGCUUUGUAAUGCUUGUGGUUUAUACUUCAAAUUACAUCAUGAAAGACGUCCGUUAUCAAUGAAAACGGACGUUAUAAAAAAACGUCAGCGUUAUGAAAAUGGUCAAACUCCGAAUCGUCGUAAAAAACAAAGAUCUCCUGAACCAGAACAAGAUCAAAUUGUUCCUGUAUAUGGUGGUCACAUGGGGGUUACGCCAUCGUCUACUAUGCCUAUGCAAUCACCUUUAAAUCCGGAUUUACUCCGUCUUAGCGUUGUCAAUAUAUAUUGCUUAAUCCCUCUGAAAGCAGAAUCCAAAGAAAUAAGCAAAUAA